CCACCACUCGACUGGGAUCAGCCAAUUAAUUACACCGAAAAGAAAAAAAAAAUGGAGGGAGAAGAAGGCGAUUUGGUUGCUGCUGCCAUAAUGGCAAUGCAACAAACAGACACGGAAAACGACCCAGAAUCCACCAUUUUGCAAGUCGUGGCCCAAGCAGCGUGUCCAGGGGACAUUAAGAUGGAAAACCAGAUCGUGGUGCAGUCAGCGGGCGAGAUAAUCGUGCAGCAACACCCGGCAACUGCGCUGCCGAAUCUCCAGAGUCAACAACAGCUACAGCACGCUACCGCGGAGUCGGUUGAGCGAGUACAGGGCGAAGUGGUCGUGGGGGCCUCUGCGCCGCAAGACCCGGUGGCCAUGGCUGUCGACAUGCACGAAGUCAACGUCGAGGGAAUGGAAAGUGUACAGAUGACAUGUGCUAGUGAGCAGGUAGUUGAGGGGGCGAUACAGCAAGGAAUGGCUGAAAUAUUAUUGCAACAUGAUGUAAACGAUUUGGUCGUCCCAGUAACCCCGCUAGAAGUUGCCGAAGAAGAACCCAAAGUCGACGUUGAAGGCAUUGACGAGAACGUCCGGAAGAUAUGCGAGAAGCACCUCAAUGAUGUGAAGGAGGUUGACAAAGACUACAUACGCGGCUUUCACAAGGGCCCCGGUAUCAGCUUUGAGGAGUUCCUCAGCAAGUACUUCAGCGCGACAGGGACGUCCUUUGUGGCCGUUAGCAACAGGAGCCGGACGAUGCCUUUCACGGGGCAGCAACGGCAGUCCCGUUACUAUGGCAAAUGCGAAGGUCGAAUACGUUGGGAAGCUAAAGGCGGCACCCUCCCGAUUGAAUGCUGUGGUUAUCCUUUCAAGAUUGAAGGCUCCAUAUAUCUGCAUUGCUUACAUGGGCCAAAGAGAGACUUGCGUAAGAAGGUGCCAAAGCCCCCAAAAGUCGGUGGCAGAGGUCGCCCCAGCAGGACGAGCAACAAGAAGCUUGAGUGCCCUGCUGCUAUCCAGGUCCGAGAGAUCAGCAUGUACACAGACGAGCGUUAUUCUUUGGCUAAAGAAUUCAAGAAUGGCAGCAAGCUGCGGUUUGAGAAGCAUCGCAUCCUGAGGCAGAUCCGAGAGGAUGAAGGCAACGGAGAGGAGAUGACCAUGGCUCGGAGGUUGUACAUCAAGCUGCCCUACGUCCGUGUCCACUCCUCCCUGCAUCCCAUCGGGGAGAACUCCCAAGCCAUCGACUACCGGGUCUUGCAGAAGCUCAAGCAGCUGACUGCCAACAACAUGACCAACAUCAACGAGAUCAAGAAAUGCCUGAAACACUACGUGGAUGACGUCCUCUUCAAACACAACACCUUGGAGAAAAAGCCAAAGCCAGGCAAUCGUAGGUUCUACCCAUCCCCGACAGAUCUCCAGAAGCAUAUCGCUAGUGCCCAGCCUGAAAAAGAGGAAAACACAGAUGUUUUGGAGGAGAAGAUCAAAGAGUGGUUUUCCAAAGGGAUGGGAAGGAUUAUAUACCGGCCUCACAAGGCGAAGCCGGAGCAGUCCUUCUUGUUCGUUCAUCAAGAGAAGUGGCAGCAGCGGUUGAUGGAGCGCUAUGGCAGCGAUUUGGUUAUGCUAGAUGCCACCUCCAAGACCCACACGAUCAUGUCAAUGUCAUCACCGAUGUACACCCUGUGCAUCCACACCAAUGUCAACUUCAUUGUGGUUGCCGUCUUCGCUGUCGAGAAGGAGACAGUUGCCAACAUCAAGGAGGCUCUUGGGGUGAUCCGCGCCUGGAAUCCAUGGUGGUGCCCAAGCUCCUUCAUGGUUGACAAGUGCAGCACUGAAAUCAAUGCCGUCAAGGAGCUCCUGCCUGAUGUCCGCAUCUACAUCAGCGACUACCACAGGAGGCAGGCUUUUGCAAGAUGGAUCGGAAGGAAGGAAUCAGGGCUUGAUGCAGAGCAGCAGAAAAUGGUCACGAUGCAAAUGGACAAGAUCGCAGAAGAGCAAAACCAGACUCUGUACAACUGCGCCAAGAGGGAGCUCUUGAGUAAUAAGAUCGUGGCAGAGAAUGAAGAGUUCCUGGAUUACUUGCAAUCGGAGUGGUUCUCGUGCCCAGAGAAGUGGGCCCAUGCGUACCGCGACUACGCCAUUGACAACCUGAUCAAUGUCAACAAUGGCGAGGUUGCGAUGGAGCGCUUCCUUCGCUACGCCAACAUCCCCAGAUCCAGAGAUAAAGGAAUCCUGGGUAUUCUAACCCUCAUCGUGGAGUCCUACCUGCCAGACAGCUUAAAAAAGUACCAGAAAAAGAACAAUGUCUGGAAGUACGGCAAGUAUCCCACUCAGGUCCAGAACGUGCCGUCGUACCUUCGUGACCGACCGGCGCAUUUUGUUCGGGAGUGCUUGCAGAACCAGGAAGAAGCCUCCCAGUAUAGCAACGUGGAUGUGCAGCUGAUGGACGCCACGCACGGAGUCUUCAACGUUAGAUCCAGUAAUGGUUUCCACAUUGCCAGCUUCCUGGGUCCAAGCUGCACCUGCAACCAUUGGAAGAAGUUCCGCUUCCCCUGCAAGCAUUUCUUCGCCAUCUUUCUGCACUUCUACGAUUGGGGUUUUAAUCGGCUACCUGACCUGUACAUCAACAGCGUCUUCCUGACGCGGGACGAGGGUGCCUUUCAGGAGCCUCCAGCAGAUGAUGUCACUCAGGACUUCCAGCCGCUUGAAAUCCCAGUGCCGACCUCUAGCGCCGAUGCUUGUCCAGCUGAGACAGUCACAGUCUCUACGUCCUCAGAAGAAGGAGCCUGCUUCAAUCCCAGCCCACCCAACCCCAUCCCAGUCAACCUUAUCUCCAUCCCUGAUUUGGAAGAUGCCGGGAGCAGGUCGCUGACAGAUGCCACCAAUCAAGAGGGGGUGCCCAGUCCAGAAAAGCAGGCCCAAAUCGUGAAUAUCUUCAAGCGAGGGAUGGACCUGAUCACCGACAUCAGCGACGAGCAGCUCAUCACUGAGACAGAACAGGUCUUGAGCCACAUGGUGACCAAGCUGCAACGCCGGUCCACCCACGAGCACUACAUGCAGAAGGUGAUGCCCUCUAUCAAGAGAUUGAAACCGAAUCCUCCUCCCGAGAUACCACCACCUCCUCAGAUGCAACCCGUUGAUGAACAACAGCAGCAGCAUCAUGAACAACAGGAGCAUCAACCAGAGCAUGUUGUUCUAGAUUGUGUGACCAACACGUACUGGUGAAAAGGUUUCGCAUUUGGGAAUCUCAUUGAUGAGUAUUGCUGCAACAGAUCUCAAUGAACUGAAUUCAAAUCUUUGCAAUGUACAUGUGGUUUGACUCUGUAUGGAGUUUUACAUGUGUUCACAGGUACACACUUUGAUGUAAAUAUGUGACCUUCUUGCACAAAAUUAGUCGGAAGACGCUCAGCCGUAUUUUUAGACACAGCCUGUAAUAUAUUGUACAAACAUUAUUAAAAUUCAAAGUCUGGCAUUAGAAGCUAGUACAGCGAAUAUAUUUCACUUUUCCGAAGGACUUCAUUUGGGAAAUUUAAACAAAACUUUGUCCAAACUUUCCGAGGCCUAAAAAUUGGGAUCCGAAAAUACCUAUUUAACUCUGUUCAAUUUUGUCUGAUUCCUGUAUUCUACACAUCAGUGGAAAGCUUACUACUCAAUGUGCUUUCCAAUGAGCCCAAAAUCCAAGUUUUCACAAAUUGGUCCAAGUGACUAGCUUUGUGCCGGAAGGUCGCAUAAAUUAUUCAACGCCUUAAUAAGGUUGUUGAUCACACAUCAUUAAAUUGAUUAUCCCAACCCAUGGCCUGGUCGCGAUUUUUUUCUCCCAAACGACAUCCACAUAUAGUUGAACACUAUGGCGUUUUGGACUUAAUUUUUAUAAAAACAUGAUAAGAAAAUAUAAAAUUAGAAAAAAAAAGUGAAUUUGAACGUUAUGAAAUUUGGACUUUACUUCCCUUUUUAAUUAAAAAAAUCUUCCAAAGCCUCAGUUUAGAAAAGGAAAAAAAUUCGGGUGCAAAACCGAGAUUUGAAUUCGCGACCUCGCGUUGCAAAAUCCUACCCUCUAUUGACUGAGCUGUUGUACUGCUCGCUAAAAUGUGUGGAAACAAAUAAUUAUAUACCUGCGUGCGUAUCAUAAAAGUAUUGUAGAGGGCACUAAACAACCAUGUAUGCGGAUAUCGUUUGGGAGAAAAAAAAAUUCGCGGCCAAAUCGCACUUGGCGCAUUAUUUGUAUAAUACUGGCCCGGUUCUAUUUGUUCCAUUAUUACUUGGGACUGUUUCCCA